AUGACUAGAGGGCCGUUGGACUUCUGGAUUAACUGGGCCAGCCAGAUCGGAGUUCUCGUCAGCCUCGGUUGCCAGAUCAUCCUCCAUCUCUCCGCCAAUGUUCGUCGGUGUAGUGGCUCAUUUUUGCCAAGGGUUCCCCUCUGGUUGGCAUACCAGCUGGCAGACACGACCGCGACAUACGCCGCCGGCCAGCUCCUCUACAGCAGCAGCACGCCGCAAGACCACCAGCUCAUUGCCUUCUGGGCGCCGUUCCUUCUGCUGCACCUCGGUGGCCCGGACAACAUCACUGCAUACGCCCUCGAGGAUAACAUGUUCUGGGGGCGCCACUUGUUGAGCCUUGUUGUGCAGAUUGCGGGAGCUGGAUAUGUCUUCUACAAGCACAUCGCCGGCGGAGAGAUCUUCCUCACGCUGGCUGCCACCUUGGUGCUGGUUGUCGGUGUUGCAAAGUAUUUGGAGAGGACAUGUGCACUCUGGUCUGCCAACUUCAGCAGCCUCCAGAGCUCUUUCAAGGUGCAGCCACGUGAUAAGCAUCACAAGCAUUUUUACAUUGAGCAUCAAGACUGGUGCAAUGACUUGGAGGACGAGCUUGCCCUGCAGCGUGCUCAUUCCCUGUUUCAUAUCUGCAAGCGCGGGAUAGUUGAUUCAGUGGUCGAGGUGGACCCAGAUGGCCCGACUGAGGUGGAGUCUGAGGAAAAGAAAAUAAUCGGGGCCCUUAGGGGGAACCCUGAGCAAAUGUGGAGGGUGAUGGAGAUGGAGCUCUCCCUGAUGUACGACAUCCUGUAUACCAAGGCAGGUGUGAUGCACUCUAUGGUUGGUUACUGCAUCCGUGUCAUUUCGCCGCUUGCCAUCGCCACCUCGCUCGUGUUGUUCCAGUUGAGCGGCAAAGAUAGUUACAGCCAACUCGAUGUUGACAUCACCUACACCUUGUUGGGCGGCGCCUUGGUCCUAGAGACAAAAUCGCUCCUUGGUGCACUAGGGUCAAGCUGGGCGCUUGCCUUCUUGUGUUCCACGCGAUGGGAUUGGCUCCGGCAUUCAGUAUUGUGCACUGGAAGAUGGCAUCAGGUCCGGCGCGCAGUCAUUUCAUUUCGCCGGUCCAGGCCUGGCAAGAUAAUUAUGAAAGGAAGUUCGAGGGAGUGGUCAGGCACCAUGGGGCAGCACAACAUGCUGCGGUUUGGUGCCGGACAGGUGGAUCCGAUGAGUCGCCGACUCGGCAAUCUGUUCAAGAUGCUGAGGCUCGGUGGGCAGUGGGACAGGAGGUACUACUCGUGUACUGUUGUUGUCCCAGAUAAUGUCAUGAAGUGUGCACAGAAGGUGGGCAUCUGGUUCUCACGGGAUGAUAUAAACACAAUGGGCUUGCUCAGGCAUAAUUGGGGUGAAUCAGCACUGGCUAACAGAUUUUACCCUGGGCUGUACAAGAAAUUGGAAGAGUAUCAUGGAGUUGACUUCCAUGAGAGCGUCAUCUGCUGGCACAUUGCCACCGACUUGAUUCUCGCAAAGGAGGAAAAGGAAAAGGAACAUUUUGCAGCUGACAAGCGUGUGCAGACAGUCAGGGCACUGUCCAACUACAUGAUGUUCCUCCUUGUCAACAGGCCCUACAUGCUACCAGGCCUUCCUCAAAAUUGGCUGCACAAGCAAACCUGCAACAAUCUGGACACGAUAUGUAAUGACUAUGAUCUCGUCGGUUCUCUGGGCGACAGCUUGUGGACUGUGCUCAUGAAAUUGCUCGGACUGCAUCAUCACAGGGUCUUGGAAUCUUCUGCGCUUGAGAAGAAGCUCGCUGACGUAAUACUGGAGUUACCGAAGGGACAUACAGGCUCUGGCUCUGAAACUCCUCGAGUCUUGUAUGCACGCCGUAUUGCUGUUAUAAUACUUGAGAGCGAGGUAGUAGAUGAUAAGGUGCGUCUGCUGCUAGGUCUGUGGAUCGACUUCCUAGCCUACGCAGCCAACCGGUGCAUUAGGGAGUCACAUGCCAAGAAGCUUAGCACCGGUGGUGAGCUCAUGACCAUCGUGUGGCUUAUUUUGGAACACAUCCGCUAUUUAAAAGAAGACCCAAACAAGGAGGGAAGCCAUGUAUAA